UACCAUUGCAUGAAACCAAAACAAAACUAUCCACAAACUUCACUUGAUAAGGUGUUCGAAGAAAGUGAUGAUGAUUGGGUGGGCCUGAAUGAAAAGUAUACUCAUAUUUAUAAGUUAACUCCUUAUUUAUUGAAAUGGAAAGCUCCAGACGUACCGAUUUCCGAGACUUUUGAGCAAAUUUCUGAUUACUUUUAUGAUGAACACGCGGAUGAAUCUGAUGAGGAGUGGGUAUCUAAAAAUUUUCCUGAGAAAAACAAACAUUCCGCUCAAGCUUUAUGUUGUGCUGGAUGUUUUAUAACUAUUGCUUACCAUAGCCAAAUUGUUUUUCGUCAUAAAAUGUCAAUGUAUUUCACAUCAGAGCAUCUUGUUAAUUGUCAUAUUAAAGUACAAGAUGUUUUAUCUUGUUCUAGUGAAUCCAAACGUUUAAAGUGUUCGAUUAAAAGAGUUGAUGCCUUACCUAUGGAUUUAACAGACAAGCAAAGCGAGAAAUGUCCUUUAAGCAAUCCACUAGUUCUCUGUAAUAAUUGUGAGUGCAUCAUAGGAUUUUAUGAUACCGUCAAAAAACUUUAUACUUUACAGCAAGCUAUUCUUUCUCCUGACUAGUUAAAUAAUGACGCAAAAUAAAACAUAGCAAAAAUAAAACAAACGUAUACAU